CUCUCCUCUCUCUCUCUCUCUCUCUUCUCUCUCUCUCUCUCUCUCUCUCUCUCUCUCUCACACACACACACACACACUUUCCGAUCAAAUGGUUGAACAGAAGAAGUACUUAUUGUUUCUUGGGGUGCCGGAUUCGGAGUUUGCGAAGAAGACGUACGGAGGAUACCAUAACGUGUUUGUUUCUUUGCUUGGCGACGAAGGAGACCAAUGGGACUCCUACAGAGUCGUCGAUGGUGAGUUUCCCGAUGAGAAGGAUCUUGAGAAGUACGAUGGAUUUGUCAUCAGUGGAAGCUCUCAUGAUGCCUUUCAGGACACUGAUUGGAUCUUGAAGCUCUGUGAUAUUAUCAAGAAACUCGAUGAGAUGAAGAAGAAAGUCCUCGGUAUCUGCUUUGGCCACCAGCUAAUAGCAAGAGUCAAGGGAGGAAAAGUAGGGAGAGCAAGGAAAGGACCUGAGCUCUGCCUCGGGAACAUAACCAUCGUGCAGGAGGCAGCAGCGCCGGAAAACUACUUCGGCGAGGAAGUUCCGGCUAACCUGAGGAUCAUAAAAUGUCAUCAGGACGAAGUUUUGGAGCUACCGGAAAAUGCAAAAGUGUUAGCGUAUUCGAGUAUGUAUGAGAUAGAGAUGUAUUCAAUCGAAGAUAACUUCCUCUGCAUUCAGGGACAUCCUGAGUAUAACCGUGACAUCUUGAUCGAUAUUCUCGACCGUGUUCACGCCGGAGGUUACAUUAAGGAUGACUUUGUUGAAACGUCGAAGGCAACAUUAGAGAAGAAUGAAGCAGACAGAGAGUUUUGGCAGAAAAUUUGCAAGAACUUUCUCAAAGGUCAACCCUCGUAAAUAAAUUUGACUCAGAAAUCUGAAAUCCAAUUGGGCUCACAAAUAUUAUAUAACCACUUUGGUUUAUUUAUUCGAACAC